ACAGGUCGUGCUGCAAUUAGUUCAUUCAUUGAAAACUCAGUUGCUCUCUGAGCGGUCGGGUAGAGACUGCUUUCGGCUUUUUUCCUGCUGUUAAGAUCUCCUCUAGAGAGCUGCAACAAUGCCCAAAAGAAAGGUUGAAGGUCAAGGUGAUAUGAGGCAGGAGCCAAAGAGAAGAUCAGCCAGACUGUCUGCUUUGCCUGUGCCCAUUACACCAGAGUUGAAGUCCAAAAGAACAUCAACUCCAAGGAAAAUGAAGACAAAAAAUGAUAUGAUGGAAAAAAACACAGAUGCAAGUGCCAAAGCCAUAGCUGAAACCAAGAAAGAAGUUGUUAAAGAAGAAUACAACAGUGAAACUGCUGAAAAUGGAGAAGCCAACAUUAUAGAGGUAUCUUCCAAUAUUAACAAUUUUGUCCACUUGAAAGUUUAA